AUGUCACAUCGACUGCGAUACGGCGAGCCCGACUGGGACGCGCCGCCCACCAAUCUCCUCAAUGGCGAAAUCACUCAACGCCCGCUGUCGAACAAAAGCUACGAAGAAUUGCGCUACGAGCAGCUGCUGGCAAUGGGUUCUGUAAAACCCAACAACACCAACAUCAGCUCUUUCGGCCAAAUGAAAGACCUCCGCAGUCUGAGGGGUCAGAAUAUCAUUUCGAUCAUCGUUGGCGAGAGCCACACCCAAGCAUACUGGAAGAUCCACGAUGACCUCCUCACUUCGAGCUCCAGGUUCAUGGCAGCAGCUACGAAGCAUCAAUUCAUCGAAAGAAGCACAAGAACCGUUCGUCUACCUGAUGAAGCACCGGAACUUUUUGACCAUUAUGUCACCUGGCUUUACUCGGGCCAGAUCGUUACUCUCACCUUAGACAUGAUCUUGGGUCUAUACAAACUUGGCGAACGCAUCAUGGACGACAAGUUUCAAACUCAGUGUUACGACCAGAUCAAAGCUUCAUGGUCACCUUACACUGUCCGGCAGAUUGUAUUCAUUCUGGAGCAGUCUCACGGACCCUCGGAUCGCCUGCGGCAGCUGUGUAUGAAUGAGGUUGGUCGAGGUAUCUUGACUGGAAGAUACGCAUUCACAUCUGAAGAACUCGAGAAGCUCAAACAAUGGUUGCCCGAAAUCAUGGGCGCUGUCAUCAACGCAGUCGCGGCGAAGCCGGUCGGUUUCGGGCCUUCAGCCGCCGCUUUCAAGGCAGCGAACCCCCAAACCACUCACUCGCUAUUUGGUAACUUUGGUAGCGAUGUAACCCACGACCGGGACCGGGUACCUCCUCCUGGAGCCACGCACUAUACCCCAAACAUUGGUUGGCACUUUGGUUCGUCACCUUCAAAUCCAACCCCGAGCUCUGCUUAUCGUGGAGGCCUCUUCUCACAGCGAGAAUCAACUCCUGGCCCUACCACCAGCUUUGGACCAUUUCCAGCGGGCCAACCUACGACAAGCCACCUAUUUGGCCAAUCGACCGUCAAUCAAGCGCAGUCCAGCGCAGCGGCUGGGACUUCGCAAACAUCAUCUCUGUUCGGUCCCAAAUGGCCGGAGCUUCAACCUGGUGUUGGACCGCCCAGUACAACCUCCAGGACAGCACAGCAGCCUUACGCGCCACCAAGCUUCAACGAUUUCGAGUCGUCAGCACGGGCGUUUAUUCGCGCAACGGCUGCGCAGGUGGGCGGCGAUACCAGCAGAAGUGCUUCUGGAGCGCGCGCACCCCACCAAACGAGGAAUCUAUUUGGGUCUGGCCAUGUUGACAUCAGUCCUUGGGCUACCUCGCAUCAGACCAACAACGUUUUCGGUAGCUCCAACAAUCCGACCUACAAGCAUACCGUCAUGAACAAUGACAAGGGAAAACAGAAGGAGACCCAGUUGGAAGAUGGGGACAGUGAUGACACCUCUGAUGACCCUGUCCUCACGCCGCCGUCGUCUUCUUCCGGUCUCACACAGCAAAAUAGCCCGGAAGUCCACACGUCAAGGUCACUUGCUCCAAGCAAAGCUGAGACCUCCACCGAAACAGAAGAAACCAUUGCUGCGCGUGCAGAGGAGGAGAAAUACGCCAGCGACCUCCCAAAGAGUUCUCAUUCCCUUUUAGGCUACAAGAAGAUGAAAGGUGCAAUGGAAUCGGUGCUACUCGAACAAAAGCAAACGAAGCGGCUGUUUCAACAAAUGAUGGACUCAUUAACGUCCGCGGAGUCAACGGUGUCUGCUUCAUUCGAGAAAGUACCGUCUGCGGAAGACCUGCAACCGCCGGAAUCUCCUCGUGUUAUUGGACGUUGCAACUAUGAGUUGGCAGACUACAAGCUGCAGCUGUUGUGCUUGAAACAUCGGAACUUGCAACAGCACGCAAACAAGCUGAUGGAUAUGGCGACUGACAUCGAAGCAGAGGCGUCCUGUAUGGCUAAGUCAAUGCCGUCUGCGGCCGGCGUGGCACCUUCAGUUAUCGACGCUCCUACAGCUGAGAGCCAGUCUGUUCCCAGGCAUGGUGAGACAGUGACUCGUCGGAAGGAAUCAGAAGGGCCGCCACCGCCCAAUACGGAACUCACCGCGGCGCACCGUUCCGAGGCCAGAACACAAGAAACGCAACGGAAGCGAGAGAAAGGUUUUGGCAAAUACGCCGACACCACUCAAUCCGGGUUCGCAAAGGUAGUUGAAGGAGGGAAUCACGCAAGCAGUGCGAAUGGAGCCAACCCCUUCAGGACCGCCUCCUCACCAUUCGGCGAUGGCUCUGCGUUCUCGACCCAGUCGAUCCUGACCGGCGCAAGUGUCGCUGGCAAUGGCCCUGCUCGCCCACACGUCCCGGUAUUUGGUACGCCGACACCACUUGCGGCACCUAGUUCACUGGGUGUCGUCAACGUUCAGGGGCUGGGACGAGUUCCGGGCGCGGCUGGUGUGCGGCCUCACUCGCAUGAGCAUCAGCAUCAGCAUCAGGCGAUCAUGAACGAGGCGAAAUCUCAGGAGCACCGCGCCGAGUGA